CAUUAACAAAAAUCAUAAUCAAUUGUACACGCGACGGCGCGAGUAAGACACAAUUUGCAGACGCCAGCGAAACACAUGUCUCCUUCCCCUUUCUCCCGGAAGCCAUAAAAGGCCGUUUCUUCUCUUCCCUUCCCUUCCCCUGAAAAUCAAACCCUAUUUCACAUAGCCUCAUUUCCCUCACAAAAUGAACACCAGCGUCCUAAGAAAUGGCAACAAGGUUCAAACCAUAUGGAGAAGCCACUAUGUUUCCGAUUCAAUCGGUGUUCCGAUUCACAGAAGCCAUGUCCGACGAGAACCCCAACUUUCCAAAGCUUUUUAUUCCCGAUUUCCUGGUCGGAAAACCAAAGAUUUGGAAUUUUCUGUUCCGGUUCGUAGUAUCAGUAAUAAGACCAAUGGUAGAACGCUAUUGGGUUCUAUUACGAAUAGUGCAGCAAUCGGAUGGUAUUUGGGCAUGAUUAAAACACGACCUAUACUUACUAAAAGCAUCACAUCUGCCCUCAUUUACACUGCUGCCGAUUUUACAUCUCAGACAAUGACAAGGUCUUCUUCAGAGGCUUAUGAUGUGAUAAGGACUUUUCGUAUGGCUGGAUAUGGUAUGAUGAUAUUAGGUCCAUCACUACAUUUCUGGUUCAACUUUGUUUCAAAAGUUCUACCAAAACAAGACCUUUUCACAACGUUUAAAAAGAUUUUCAUGGGACAAGCGAUCUAUGGACCUAUAAUGACUGCCACUUUCUUCUCUGUCAAUGCAGCUCUGCAAGGUGAAAAAGGCAAAGAAAUUGUGGCGCGAUUGAAACGAGACAUGUUGCCAACAAUGAUCAAUAAUGUGUUAUAUUGGCCGGUUUGUGAUUUUAUCACCUUCAGAUUUGCCCCCGUUCAUUUGCAGCCACUGGUGGCCUCUAAAUACUUCUUAAUGCCGCACAAGCCUCUAAACACAAGUGGACUUUGACAUCAGGUCUGUAACCAUAAUGCUAUAACCAAAUAGCAACGUAUUUACAUUUAUUUAUUUUUAUAGCAUUCUAUUUUCAUUUUUAUACAUAUCUAAAAACUCUGUUAUACACAAUAUACAACUAAAGUCAUUAGUCAAAUUGCAAGAAAUGACAACAUACUUUAUUCCUUUA